AUGAUUGGGAGCAAUUGGGACUAUUUUUAUGUCCCGUCCACUGGGCUUUCUGGUGGAAUUAUACUACUAUGGAAUUCUGAUACAACUUUGUUCAAGGUGGAAGAUUCAUCUUCUCAGAUGGUGAUCAGAGAUUUGAAAGUUAUUAAUAAUGAGAAGUGGAAGGUAGCUAUAAUCUACGGGAGUAUGGAAGUGCCAAAGAGAAUGGAAUUGUGGAAUAUGCUAGGUAAGUAUUCCAAUAGUGAUCUUCCAAUGGCCAUUGGUGGAGAUUUUAAUUUCUUAUUGAGUAAGGAAGAGAAAUUGGGAGGAAGAAGAUUCAUUUAUUCUCAAGGAUCAAGGGAAAUGGAGGAAUGCUUGCUCAAUAAUGAUUUACAUGAAAUUGGGUACAUUGGUCCUAAAUUUACUUGGUGCAAUAAUAAAGUUGGAAGUUCCAGGAUGCUUGAAAGAUUGGAUAGGUGUUUUGUUAACACUAUUGCAUUGAGUUCUCCAAUUCAAUUGAUAGAAAGGCACUUGGCUAGAAUAGCCUCGGACCAUUGUCCAAUCCUUUUACAAUUCAAAAACUUCAAUACUAAUCCUAGAAAGAUGAUCAAAUAUGAAAAUUGUUGGGCAUCUUAUCAAGCUUCAUUUGGGAUAGUAAGGAAGGAAUGGGGCAAGAAUUAUCAAGGUAGCUUCUCUCAAGUUCUCAACAAAAAAUUUAAAAGGUCUCUAAAAUCACUCUUCUUUUGGAGCAAGGCAAAACACAAAGAGUUGAAUAGUUUGAAAGAUGUCCUCAUCCAGGAAAUCACAGAUAUUAAAGGCAAAGAGACUUCUUUAGGGAGUCUAUCGGAGCAAGAAAAAUGGAACCUAAAAGCUAAAGUAAGGGAACUUAAUGCUACUAUGGCAAGGCUUAAUAUGUGGUGGAAGCAAAGGGCCAAAGUCAAAUGGUUAUGUGAAGGGGAUGGAAAUUCUAAGUUUUUCCAUUCUUAUGCUAGUGCAAGAAGGAAUGCUAACAAAAUUAUCAAGGUCAAAGAUGAAGAUGGAAUGGUAGUAGAAGAACAAAGCCAAAUAGAGGAUGGAAAAAUAAAACCUCUUUAA